AUGCUAGACUCCUCUACUAAUGCCCCGCAUGAUCUUCGCGGGUGUCUUUCCAAGGCACGCGACCUCACUCACAAGCAAAGCGGCAAGUCGGCACCUUCUAGUUGCCAUGCAGGUGACGGCAACAAUGCCAACCUUUCCGUGGUCGCAAUCAUUUUCUUUUCCUACGCCCGCUUCUUCUUUCCGCCCGUCCAGAAACAGCACAAUCUCUCAUUGUUCCUGAGACCUCUCUUCGCUUCUCCAGAUUAA